CCUUCCUCCUGUCUGAGCAUUUCUCCCAGAGGAUCUGCAGAAUAAUGGAGGCACAUCAUACAGCAGGUCUCAGUGUUUUCAGCAGAGCUUUCAGACUGGAGCUCAUUUAGCCCGGGCAUCUGUAAUUUACUGUAAAGUUUCCUCUUUUUUUUUUUAAAUUCACAGCACAAGGACUUCUUUCAUAUAUUUUUCUGCGUCACGGCUUUUUACGUCGUUUGACUUUUUCCGUGUUUUGAUGUUUAUAUGAGGGGGUUAACAGGCCCACCAUGGUUUUUCCAACAUAAAUCAACAGUUUCUUCCUACGAUUUAGUGCAGGCUGCUUUCUGUUUACCUAUAACGGGGAAUGGGAGGACCUCAUUGGGUUUUUUUAAAAGCUGUAACUAGAUUUUUUGGAAGCGGGCAUGGGCCAGGUUUUUGUUCCACAGAUGGGUGUUUCGGAGGUGAAAGCACGGGCACCGUGCUGCUCCAGAUGAAGUGAGCCGCUCAGGUUUUUGUUUGGAGGAUCUGCGACAUGGGCUGAGCUAUGAUGACUCUUUUCUCUUGACAGCUGUUGCAUUAUCCCGAGGAUGGACGACGGAAAACGGAGACGGAUAAAACUACAACUUAUCGGUUAGACUGUAAUUAAAUACCUUUAAACGCGGAAAGCGCGCACGCACCGGCACGGGACAACACUGGAGCUUUUGAGCGCACCACAUUGGAAUUCAAGCGUCAGCCAAAUUUCCAAUCACUAAAUGUGAGGUUUUUAUAGUGGAGUUUGGUUGUGGUGUGAUAUCAUUUUUGCGUGUAGAUGCAGUUGUUCCUGUACGGAUCUUUUAAACUGUUGCUUUUAACUUAAAUCUAGUCUCUAAACAGUAAAUGACAAUGCGUCUUUAUGCGUCCAGUGUUAAAAUAUGCAGGCGCACGUUUGAACAAUGUUUUAAAAUUAUCUUAGCAGAAUACAUGUUAAGUCAGCAGAUGUGGUUUUCCUUUUCCACAGAAAGUGGUCUGACCAAAAUAGCCUGUUAGAACUAAAUAUUGGAUUUUUUUUUCUUUAUUAUAUUCCCGUAGUGUUGGAUGUAGUGGUUUAACCCUACGCACAGAUUUUUUAUUCUGGGGUUUUGAGACGUUAGUGACACUCUCCCACAGUGACCCUCACAGUUUCAGCUGGAUUUCCUUCACCGCCGUUCAGAGAGUAGGCUAUCUCUGUCCCUCCGUCUCCUCACCGGACAAUGUGGCUCCCCCGCCUCGCGCUGCUGCUGCUCCGGUUCUCCGGUGUGUUGCUGGUGGAGGGGUUCAACACGUGCCACUCCAUCAACCUUGACGCGCAGAAGUCCCGGCGCAUCGAGGCAGUCCGCGGACAGAUCCUCAGCAAGCUUCGCAUCCGCAGCCCGCCGGACAAGGACGAGGCCCCACCGCCUGGCACGGUGCCCCCGGAGGUCAUGCUGCUCUACAACAGCACGCGGGAGCUGCUGAAGGAGCGCGCGCGUCUGGCCGAGUCGGCGUGCGAGCGCGAGAGCAGCGAGGAGGACUAUUAUGCCAAAGAGGUGCAGAGGAUUGACAUGCUGCCCCCACGCACCGACACAAAUGCGGUACAGCCAGCAGCCCCCAACCCCCAUUACAGAGUGGUCCACUUCGACGUUAGUGGGGUGGACCUGACCAACAGCACCCUGGUCAAAGCUGAGUUUAGGAUCUUCAGAGCUCCCAACCCGCAGGCCCGGGCCUCAGAGCAGAGAGUGGAGAUAUAUCAGCUGCUGAAGCCAGAUGAAGAAAGCACUUCCACUCAACGUUAUAUUGACUCCCGCACGGUGCAGCCUAAGGCAAAGGGAGCCUGGAUCUCUGUGGAGGUUACAGAAACCAUAAAGGACUGGGUGUCAGAUCCAGAGAAUAAUCUUGGCCUGAAGCUGGGCGUCCACUGUCCCUGCUGCACCUUCGUUCCAUCCACCAAUAACAUUGUUCCCAACAAGAGUGAGGAGCUGGAGGCUCUCUUUGCAGGUGUGGAUGAUGAGCAGCUUCGUCAGAUAAGAAAGCCCGGUCAGGUUAAAGGCCAGGCAGAUUUCACCACCAAGACGCCCCACCUCAUCCUCACCGUGCUGCCCAGUGACAGAGUGGACAACCCGGCCAAGAAGAACCGCAAGAAGAGGGCGGCCGCCACAGACACCACAACCUGCUCCCGCGGCUCGGACCAGGGCUGCUGCCUGCGCUCGCUCUACAUCGACUUCAGGAGGGACCUCAACUGGAAGUGGAUCCACGAGCCCAAAGGUUACAAAGCCAACUUCUGUGCCGGCAGCUGUCCUUACCUCUGGAGUGCCAACAACCACUAUAACAUGAUCCUGCCCCUCUACAACAAGCUGAACCCCGAGGCCUCCGCCUCGCCCUGCUGCGUUCCUCAGGACCUGGAGCCCCUCACCAUUAUGUACUUCAUAGGCCGCACACCACGUGUCGAGCAACUCUCCAAUAUGGUCGUCAAAUCCUGCAAGUGCCGCUGAGUUCAGAGGAAGAGGUGAGGGAGGAGAGUGAUUACGGGACCAAAACUACAAACUGUUUGCGCUCAGGGGAGGAAAAAAGAUGAGAGGACAGACAGAUCCUUUGUUCAUUAAUCUUCGCUGUUUGAUCACCUUUAGCAGACUUUUCAGAUGUUAUAUUUUUACUCAAAUAUCCCAUUCUUUACAGGCAUGAAAACUUCUUCGAUCUCUGGAACUUUCCGUUUGUACAUAUGACAACAUAGCUGUAUUAAACCUAUACCU